AUGACCACCGCUCCUCCCACCAGCGGGCCCCGGAUUCCCCGCAUCCAACGUGGCCUCGUGGCCACCGGUCCAGGGAACUUAGCCCUGAAGCCCGUGCCUGUCAGCAAGCUCGAAGCCGACGAAGUCCUUGUCCGCACCGCAGCGGUGGCCCUCAACCCAUCCGACCACAAACUGCUCGACCAAUCCACCACUCCUGGUGCCAUUGCCGGCGCCGACUUCGCAGGCACGGUCGUCCGACUCGGGUCCCCAGACAGCCAUCUCCACAUCGGGGACCGGGUCCUGGGCUGCGCCUUCGGGUCCAACCCCGGAAACCCGGGCAACGGGGCGUUCUCGCAGUAUGUCGUCGCCGCAGCGAGACUCUGUGUGCGAUUGCCGCGCGAGAUGGAUUUCCCCACGGCGGCGUCCCUGCCCAUGGCUCUGUUCACCAGCGCCUUCAUCUUCCGCUCGUUGGGGCUCGACUUCGACUCUCCCGUUGGCAACGAACCCGGGCGGAAGAGUAGGUCGGCGGUGACUGACGCCGGAGAAGAGCCAUUCGUCCUCGUGCACGGCGGCGCAACCUCUACCGGCACCAUCGUCAUCCAACUCCUCAGUCUGGCAGGGUACACGCCCAUCGCGACGUGCUCGCCUGCCAGCGCGGAGCUCGUGCGCAGCCGUGGCGCCGUCGCAACCUUCGACUAUAAUGAUCCCACGGUCCGCGACCAAAUCCGACAGUAUACCCGUGACGGUCUGCGGCUCGCAGUCGACUGCAUCGGUAGUCCGGAGACAAUGGCGCUCUGCUACGGCGCGAUCGGUGACUAUGGGGGCCGGUACGCCGCGCUGGAGCAGUAUCCGCGUCGGCUCACGAUCCGGCGUCGUGAUGUCCAGCAUGAUUGGAUUCUGGGCUGGACGUUGCAGGGAAAGGAGGUUCUGUUGGGCGGCGCGUAUUAUCGGCCUGCCAGGCCUGACGAUCGGUUGAUGGGUGAGGCUUGGGCCGAGAAGAUGGAGGGGCUGUUGGCUACAGGCAGGCUGGUGCCUCAUCCGUUGGAUGUGCAGAGGACAGGGGGGCUAUCCGCGGUGAUUCCGAAGGUGGAUGUGUUGAGGAAAGGGAAGGUGAAGGGGUCCAAGUUGGUUUUUGUCGUGUAG